GCGGCCCGGCAGCAGCCUCGUCAGGACCCCCGGAUCCAGCCGCUUGGCAGUCGUGGCUCUCCGCGCCUAAAUCCCUGUCAUCCCUUCGUGAUCUGGUGAAAUCUGGUCGAUGCUCGGUUUAUCUAGUGCUGUAGCGGGAACGUCGGGGCUCCUUCAGGGAUUGCUCUGGUAAUGGUUCCCCUCACAGUCCCGCCGAGGGAUUUGUGGGAUAUGUGUUGACGGCGGUUUAAAAUACCUACGGGCUUCAAAAUUGAAGUGCAAAACGUGAAACUAAUUGUAACGGCUGGACUUUUCUCUCCCUUGCAUCUGCGUUACUUCCUUCUCUAGAAAUGGAUCCUGAAGCACUUAAAAAAUACUCGGCGCUGCAUCCUAAACCUGCUGGACUUACUCUUCAGUAUGGCACCGCUGGGUUUCGCACCAAGGCCGAACAGCUUGAUCACGUCAUGUUCCGCAUGGGCUUGCUGGCAGUUCUCAGGUCCAGAGCUGUGGUAUCGACUGUUGGCGUCAUGGUUACAGCAUCUCACAAUCCUGAAGAAGAUAAUGGCGUAAAGCUGGUUGAUCCUCUUGGUGAAAUGCUGCACCCUACCUGGGAAGAGUAUGCCACACAACUAGCAAAUGCAGAGGAGCAAGAAUUACAGAAAAUAAUAACUGAGAUCUGCCAAAAAGCAGCAGUGAACCAGCAGAAGGAUGCAUCAGUUUUUAUUGGUAGAGACACCAGGCCAAGCAGCAAGAAACUUUCACAGUCGGUAAUAGAUGGUAUCUCCGUUCUAGGUGGUCAGUACCAUGAUUACGGUCUGGUGACAACACCACAGCUACAUUACCUGGUCUGCUGUCAAAACACCCAAGAGCAGUAUGGGAAAGCAACGCUGGAGGGUUAUUAUGAAAAACUGUCCAAAGCUUUUACAGAACUGAUAAAACAGUCUCCCAGCUCUGGAGAGAGUCAGAGGCACCUGAAGAUUGACUGUGCCAAUGGAAUAGGAGCCCUGAAACUAUCAGAAAUGGAGCCCUACUUUCCAAAGGAGGUGCUAAUUCACCUGUAUAAUGAUGGAACCAAGGAGAAACUUAAUCACUUAUGUGGUGCAGAUUUCGUAAAAGUUCACCAGAAACCACCUAGAGGGCUAGACAUGAAGCCCAAUGAGAGAUGCUGCUCAUUUGAUGGCGAUGCAGAUAGAAUUGUUUAUUACUAUAAGGAUGCAACUGGCCAUUUUCACCUAAUCGAUGGAGAUAAAAUAGCAACUUUAAUUAGUAUCUUCCUUAAAGAACUUCUUGCCAAGGUGGGACAGACGUUAAAGAUGGCAGUGGUACAAACAGCGUAUGCCAACGGGAGUUCAACACGCUACCUUGAGGAAACACUGAAGGUUCCUGUGCACUGUGUCAAAACGGGAGUGAAACACUUGCAUCACAAGGCCCAGGAGUUUGAUGUUGGUGUUUAUUUUGAGGCAAAUGGACACGGCACAGUAUUAUUUAGUAAAGCUGCUGAAGCUAAAAUAAGACAACUGGCAAAAGAGGAGAAAGAUGAUGAAAAAAGAAAAGCAGCAAAGGUGCUUGAAAACAUGAUUGACGUGAUUAAUCAGACGAUUGGUGACGCUGUCUCAGACAUGUUGGUUAUUGAAGCAAUCCUGGCUCUGAAAGGGCUGACUGUGCAACAGUGGGACGCCAUCUAUGCUGACCUCCCCAGUCGGCUGCUCAAGGUUCAGGUUGCAGACAGGCGAGUUAUUGACACAGCAGAUGCAGAAAGGCGCGCAGUUACACCGCCAGGACUACAAGAGAGAAUUGAUGUGCUCGUGAAGAAGUACAACUUGUCACGAGCGUUUGUCCGUCCAUCAGGAACAGAAGAUGUAGUCAGAAUAUACGCUGAAGCAGACACGCAGGAGAACGCGGAUGCCCUCGCCCAUGAAGUAAGCCUGGCUGUUUACCACCUCGCCCGUGGGAAGGGAGCGCCACCCCAGCCUCUAUAACGAAGGGUGCGACUGCAGUUAAAGCUCAUAACGUGACUUUUUUAACAUUACUUUCUUAACUACUUGCUAGUGUGGGCAUACCCUUCCACUUAUUCUUUACCUCUGAUAGCAACUUACCUCUUGAUGAGACACUCUUGCUGCUGAAUGUUUUCCCCAGCCCUCAAGUCCAUCUGACAUCUGAGGCUGCAGUGACUUAGCCGUGACUCACUUCGUGCCAGCCAGGGGCCCAGUCCUGCCCCAAGGGAAUGCUGCCCCCCACCCAGCUUGCAUCGUGGGUUACGGGCAGAGUCUCAAGAUUCCGUUCACCUCAGUUCAAGGGAGAAGUGAGAUAAUGGAAAAAAAGCAUUUACAAAUAAUAACAUUAUUGCAAUAUCAUCUUCAUUAGAUACUUUUAUGAAAUUAAAGUGUUGCUUAGAAAGCAAAAGUGAUUAUAAAUAGUAUUACUGCAAAUUAAGAGGGAAGGGACAGAGACAAGUUUGUCUUCUAUAGCCCUUACUGCUCCCCGGCAGCAUAAAGGGGCCGGGCUGAGGGGAUGUAAUGUUUUAAAUACACAAAUAUCCUCAUCCCCGUAGUUCAGUUCAGGGUACCUCCCUCUGUUCUUUGUCAUCCUCUGCCAACUCCUGGCAUGAUGGCGCUUUCCAGAUCACUAAAUAAGCACAAGUUCCAAGGGAUCAAAAAAACCCCA